UCCCUCCCUCCCUCUCUCGGUCACUCUGUCUCUCUCUCUCGUUCUCCUUCUGGUCUUGUCUUCACGGGUGAAUGGAUACAGCGGGGACUCCAGAGGCCCUGGGAGUGGAGCCGGGCGCCGGUCAGCUCACCGAGGAGACGGCAGCCAGCAGUAAACUGUUCCGUUACGGCUGGCAGCGACGCCUGCUGCCCCUGGUCUACAGAGAGGAGCUCUAUCACGUCCUAGUCCUGGCAGGACCUCUGCUCGUCUCUCGCAUCCUAGACUUCCUCCUGCCCUUUGUCAUCACCAUAGCGUGUGGUCACCUUGGAAACGCACAGCUGGCAGGAUAUGGUUUGGCCUCUGUGACAAUCAACGUCACCACAGCCUCCACAGUGAUUGGCUUGACUUUGGCCUGUGAUACACUCGUCUCUCAGACCUUUGGCAGUAAGAACCUGAAGCGAGUGGGUGAGAUCCUCCAGCGGAGCACGCUGAUUGUACUGCUGUUCUGCCUGCCCUGCUGGGCCGUCCUCAUCAAUGCUGAGACCAUCCUGCUGGCCCUGUGGCAGGAACCAGAGGUGGCCAGGAUUGCACAGCUCUAUCUAAUGGCCUACUUGCCGGCUGUUCCAGCCAUGUUCCUGCAUUCGCUGAUGGUGUCUUAUCUUCAAAACCAGGGCAUCAUAUUGCCUCAGAUGUACACAGCUGCUGUUGCCAAUGUCAUCAAUAUUGCCAUCAACUACAUCCUAAUAUUCCAGAUGGAGCUGGGAGUAAAGGGUUCUGCUGUAGCCAACAGUUUGUCCCAGAUCAUCGUGUGCCUUCUGUUGUUUGGAUAUAUCCAUUGGAAGAAGCUCCAUCUGAAGACAUGGGGAGGCUGGUCCAAUGCAUCUCUGCAGGAGUGGGGUUCCUUCAUGCGGCUGGCCAUCCCCAGCACCCUCAUGACCUGCUUCGAGUGGUGGGUCUAUGAGAUUGGAGGCCUCCUCACAGGAAUGCUGGGUGGGGUGGAUCUGGCAGCGCAGCAUGUGAUGGGGGAGCUGGGGACUAUAUCAUACAUGUUACCUCUAGGAGUUAGCGUUGCAGUAGUCGUGCGUGUGGGGAAUGCACUGGGUGAAGGGAAUGAGACCAGGGCUCUGAUCACAUGUAAAGUUGCUCUAGUGCUCGUUGGGGUGCAGGCUGUGCUUCAGGCCAUUGUGAUUGCUCCAACCAAAUCUUUCGUUGCCUACAUCUUCACCUCUGAUGAGAGCAUUGUGGAGAUCGUCUCCAUGAAUCUGACUGUUUUCAUAUUCCUGCAGUUCGUCGACGGUCUUCUGUGCGUGAGCACUGGGAUCCUGGUGGGCUCGGGGAAGCAGAAGAUUGCUGCCGUGUCCAAUCUCAUUUGUUACUACUGCAUUGGUCUGCCAGUGAGCAUAGCACUCAUGUUCAAAGCUGACCUCCGAGUAUUAGGUCUGUGGCUCGGCAUGUUUAUUUGUAUCAUUCUGCAAACCUGCUUCUUUCUCACGGUCAUCUUCAAACUCGACUGGAGGAAGGUGGCUGAGGAGGCUCAGAAGCGUGCUGGGAUGAUUGGGAAGGUGACGUGUGUGGGGCCGAUGCCCCCCAUCGACCAGGCUGUGGUGGACGCGCUGGUGCCCGAGGCCUCGGAGUCCCCGCAGAAGAGCCCUGACACUGGGGCGACGGCUGCCACUGCGAGCUCCUGCUCUAAGGAGAACGGCUACACGGCGGUGAGCACUGAGGACCAGGGCCGGUUAGAGAGCGGGAAGGGUGGAGGGGAGGUGCAGACGCCACCACAACUCUCCAUCAAACAGCUUGUGCUGCGCAGAGGACUGGCUCUGCUGGCAGCCAUUUUGGCUCUGGCCGUCGGGGUGGUGAUCCACCUGGAAUACCCGCCGGAGCGGUUUCACAUCCAGCCGGCUAACUGGACACUGGAGUGGGGCAACAGCACAGCUAUCCCAACCGUCCACCCCGACCCCACUUCACCCUUCUGAGAUACAUGGAUGAGCCUCAUCUGAGUAACCUCUGAUCCUGACCAUAAAGGAUCUUUUUUAGGGGGCAUGUAUUUCAGUUGGUUUUUUUUUGGACCUGGUACUGGAUAGAAAACCAGCAGAUUUUUUGAUACAGAGGGUUCCAUUGUAAAGCAGAGGUGAAGGUUCCACAUAUACCUCUACACUCCAAUCCCUGUGGGCACACAACUCUUCAAUGCAGGGAAGGUACAGUGCCCUCCACAAUUAUUGGCACCCUUAGUGAAUAUGAGCAAAACAGGCUAUGAAAAAAUAUGUCUUUGCUGUUUAUCUUCUUGGUCUUUCACUCAAAAUAUUCACAAAAGUCU